UCGGGUAACGUUGACGUUUAACAGCGAGAGGUUCUGAUCUCUCUCUCUGGGAAAUGGCAGGCAGAUUCCGACUAGAUGCGGUUGUGUCGGCGAUAGUGAUAGUUCACCCGCACGAGAUUCCGGCGUUGCUCCACUCCUCUUCCUGUUUCUUCUUCAUAUUGAGCGCAUAUUUCGUUGUUCUUCCACUACGCGAUGAAGGAGCAAUAUCGCUUGGUUUAUCAAAGCUCCCAAUUCUGUUCGUUGGAUCUCUGUUUCUCACUCUGAUCGCUGCGCCUGUUUCCACCUUGAUCUUCUCUUUACCCAAUUUGUCCAAAUCCAAGGCUUUGGUUAUUAUACAUAGAUUCUUUAGUCUCUCGCUUGUUCUCUGUUUCCUUCUCUGGCGUGCCUCCCCAACCGAGUCUAUAGCUAUACCAUCUAAUUCUAAGGAUGCGUCCGACCUAACAAAAGACCCCAAAGUUGGUAUUGAUGGAGCUAAUCCUGCUUCUGGAUGGGAUAGUCAUGGCUGGUUUUACAUUUCUGUUCGUGUUGGAUUUUUCCUUUGGGUUGCGUUGCUUAACCUCGUAGCUAUUUCUUCAACCUGGGCUAGAAUAAUUGACGUUAUGGAUAGUGAGUCAGGUGCAAGGCUGUUUGGUUUUGUUGGUGCUGGUGCUACCCUUGGACAGCUUUUUGGAUCUGUGUUUGCUGCUGCAACUGCUUGGAUGGGUCCAUAUCUACUUCUAUUUGCUGCUCUUUUGAUGGAAUUUGCUGCACAGUCUUCAAAAGGGAUCACCAAGGAUACUUCACAGUCCUCUGAGGAGUUGUCUCCUCUAAGGAGAACUGAUAAUGAUUAUCAAAGUGAGAGAAGUCAGGAAGCUUCUUCUCCAAAAAUUGGUUCUCCAAAAGUUGCUACUCCUAAAUCGCCUAUCUCCACAACCAGGCCUCAACUUUGGGCCAUCUUAGACGGAAUGAGACUUAUACUAGCAUCACCGUAUCUUUUGCUCGUGUCUUUGUUCCUUUGGCUCGGUGCAGUCAUCUCCUCAUUCUUCUAUUUUCAAAAAGUGAAUGUAAUUGCCACAACAAUCAAAUCAUCUAUUGGUCGAAGAACACUGUUUGCACAGAUAAAUAGCUUUGUUGCAGUUUUCAUACUUAUUGGACAACUGACUCUAACGGGGCGGAUCUUGACUAUAGCUGGUGUCACAGUUGCAAUAUCUGCAUCGCCACUUGUGGCACUUGGGAAUCUGGUUGCUAUUGCGAUAUGGCCAACUUGGGUUGCAGUUGCUGUGUCUGAAACCCUGAGAAAGGUGACAACUUAUGUUGUAACUAGACCUGGAAGGGAACUUUUGUUCACUGUUGUCUCGCAAGACGAGAAAUACAAAGCUAAGGUAUGCAUAGAUGUGAUUGUUCAACGGCUUGGAGAUGCAGCAGCGGCAGGACUAUUCGAAGUACUUACCAUUGCUCUUGGUGGUCAAACAGCAACUGCAUCACUCUAUGCCUUGCCAGUUUGUUUGAUAUGGAUAGUCACGGCCUUCUUUUUAGGCCGGCGCCAAGAACAACUAGCGAAACUCCAGGAGUUAUGGGAAAGAAACGCAAACCUGUCAGAGAUGAAGAAGGAUCACAAGGCGGAGUAAUGGUUUAAGCUAAGAACUGAAAUUUUGGAUACUGCUUUUCAUAGGUAAAAUAUUGUACAUAGUGAAGUAUAAAUGUAAGCCAAACUUGACUCUUUGUGGAGGAUAUAGAGCAUUUUUGUUUCCAACUUUUCAAGUGGUUCGUUUAUGUAUAUGCACAUACUAGGUUAAGAUAUUAUAUUCAGAUAAUACAUCAAUGUUCUUA